CUGAGAGACUGGACUGGAGGCAACGCUGUGGAUCAUAAAGCUCCGAGCAGCACGCGGCAUAACCAGCUACUGCGGCUCUGUUGGAAACGUUAUCUAUAUAGAACCUUUUUAUUUUAUUUUCACUACAAGACUUUGUUUAAACACAGUGUCUGCAAAAAUGAUGUCCAUGAACAGCAAACAGCCACAUUUUGCCAUGCAUUCAAGCUUACCUGAGCACAAGUAUACCUCUUUGCACUCCAGCUCGGAGGCAAUAAGGAGAGCCUGUCUACCAACUUCACAGUUGCAGAACAAUAUCUUCACUAGUCUGGAUGAAACACUUCUGGCCCGCGCUGAAGCUUUUGCUGCCGUGGAUAUCGCAGUGUCUCAGGGCAAGUCUCAUCCUUUCAAGCCCGACGCAACUUACCACACGAUGAACAACGUGGCAUGCUCCUCAAACUCUACCGUACCCCUCGCCCACCACCACCAUCACCACCACCAUCACCACCAGAACUUAGAGGCGGGGGACCUCGUGGACCACAUCAGCUCUUCUUCUCUGACCCUCAUGGCUGGUGGACACGACGGAGUCGGGGGUGGUGGAGGAGGGGGUGGUGGGGGUUUGAUCUCCUCCUCAGCCCAUCCGCACUCACACAUGCAUUGUUUGAGCCACCUGCCCCACCAGGCUAUGAACAUAAAUUCCUCUCUCACCCAUCACGGGCUUCUUCCUGCCCACCACGGAGGUCAAGCCACAUCGGGGCUCAGUAAUAACGGACUUCCUUCUCUUAAUGACUCAGACACAGAUCCCAGGGAGCUAGAGGCUUUUGCAGAGCGCUUUAAGCAGAGGAGAAUCAAACUCGGGGUGACCCAAGCGGACGUUGGUUCAGCCCUCGCCAACCUGAAAAUUCCCGGAGUGGGCUCUCUUAGUCAAAGCACCAUCUGCCGGUUCGAAUCUUUAACUCUGUCGCACAAUAACAUGAUAGCUCUCAAACCCAUUUUACAAGCUUGGCUGGAAGAGGCCGAGGGGGCCCAGAGAGAGAAACUGAGCAAACCUGAUAUUUUUAACGGGGGGGAAAAGAAACGCAAGAGGACCUCGAUUGCAGCUCCAGAAAAGAGAUCUCUGGAAGCUUACUUUGCUGUUCAGCCUCGUCCUUCUUCAGAGAAAAUAGCAGCAAUUGCAGAAAAAUUGGAGCUCAAAAAGAAUGUGGUGCGAGUAUGGUUUUGCAAUCAGAGACAGAAACAAAAAAGACUGAAAUUUUCAGCAUCCCAUUAGUUACAAAAGACUUCCAUUGAAAGACAAUAUUUUGGGGACCACGGAACAUACAAAAUUCUCAUUGUUUUCGGUCCUGCUUGUUUUCACAACAGAGGCUUUCAAACACAAGGGGCGAUGUGUUA